CUCUAGGGCUGAGGCAGGAGGAGGAGGGAAGGACUGAAAAGCAGAGAGACAGGUUAGAGGAAAGAAGAGGCUUGGGAAGGAAACAGCAAAAAAGAAACUGCUCAUCACAGUUACUGAGAGGCAAACGACGGUGGAGAUGGGGACAGAGAGAGGCAAGACUAUGACAGCCAAAAAAGACAAAUAGAAAGAGGAAAAAAUGCCAAGAACAUCCAUCCGGAGAAAUGAAGAGAAUGAAAGUUUUAUGCUGCAGAGCCAUUCUAUGCUUUUCCGGCACAAAAUUCCCUCGCUGUUUUUAAGCCCUUUUGCAUUUGCCAGCCGUUGACAGUAAGAGGCAUGUUCAGCGGUGCCAACAGCAUCUCCUCUUCCUUCUCCUCUUCCUCUUCAUCUUCCUCCUCCUCCUUCUCCUUUUCCUCCUCCUCCUUCUCCUCCCAUCAGCGAGAAGACAAACCGAGGACAGUCUUGAAAUACCGAAAUUUCCUCCUUGGGAUUUGCCAGCGCCGCGUUGCGCCAAGACUGUCGGAAUAAAGGACGCUGACUAUUGUAUUAUUAUUUUAUUAAUUGGUCAGUGGGAAGAUUACAGAUGAGGAAAGGGGACGCCUGUCACCCUUCCUUCUCUAAAAUCAAAAAAUGAGGUUGAAUUGGGGGAAACCCUAAAAUGAAGCAAAAGAAAUAAGAUUUGUAAGGACAGAAAGCCACAGGAGCCCCCCCACAUAGCGCACUUUUAUUUGUAUUUUUUAUUUGAGAUUUUUUUUUUUUUUUUUUCGUGGUGGUGGGGGAGGUGAUUGGGUGGCUGACUGGCUGCGGGAAGCUGCUUCCUUUCCCUUUGGAGAUGAUUGUGCUAUUAUUCUUUGCCUUGCUCUGGAUGGUGGAAGGAGUCUUUUCCCAGCUUCACUACACGGUGCAGGAAGAGCAGGAACAUGGCACUUUCGUGGGGAAUAUCGCUGAAGAUCUGGGCUUGGACAUUACAAAACUUUCGGCUCGCGGCUUUCAAACGGCGCCCAACUCUCGGACCCCUUACUUGGACCUCAACCUGGAGACCGGGGUGCUGUACGUGAAUGAGAAGAUUGACCGCGAGCAAAUCUGCAAGCAGAGCCCCUCCUGCGUCCUGCACCUGGAGGUCUUCCUGGAGAACCCCUUGGAGCUGUUCCGGGUGGAGAUCGAGGUGCUGGACAUCAACGACAACCCCCCCUCCUUCCCGGAGCCGGACCUGACCGUAGAGAUCUCUGAGAGCGCCACGCCAGGCACCCGCUUCCCCUUGGAGAGCGCUUUCGACCCAGACGUGGGUACCAACUCCUUGCGCGACUACGAGAUCACCCCCAACAGCUACUUCUCCCUGGACGUGCAGACCCAGGGGGAUGGCAACCGAUUCGCCGAGCUGGUGCUGGAGAAGCCUCUGGACCGAGAGCAGCAAGCGGUGCACCGCUACGUGCUGACCGCGGUGGACGGGGGAGGAGGGGGAGGCGGAGAUGGAGGAGGAGGCGGCGGCGGGGGAGGGGGCCUGCUCCCCCAGCAGCAGCGCACCGGCACGGCCCUACUCACCAUCCGAGUGCUGGACUCCAACGACAAUGUGCCCGCCUUCGACCAACCCGUCUACACUGUGUCCCUACCAGAGAACUCGCCGCCGGGUACGCUCGUGAUCCAGCUUAACGCCACAGACCCAGAUGAGGGCCAGAAUGGGGAGGUCGUGUACGCCUUCAGCAGCCACAUUUCGCCCCGGGCGCGCGAGCUCUUCGGACUCUCCCCUCGCACCGGCCGGCUGGAGGUGAGCGGCGAGCUAGACUACGAAGAGAGCCCGGUGUACCAAGUGUACGUUCAAGCCAAGGACCUGGGCCCCAACGCCGUGCCUGCGCACUGCAAGGUGAUAGUGAGGGUGCUGGAUGCUAACGACAACGCGCCGGAGAUCAGCUUCAGCACCGUGAAGGAGGCGGUGAGCGAGGGCGCGGCGCCCGGCACGGUGGUGGCCUUGUUCAGCGUAACCGACCGCGACUCCGAGGAGAAUGGGCAGGUGCAGUGCGAGCUGCUGGGGGACGUGCCGUUCCGCCUCAAGUCUUCCUUCAAGAACUACUAUACCAUCGUGACCGAGGCCCCCCUGGACCGAGAGGCGGGGGACUCCUACACCCUGACCGUGGUGGCUCGCGACCGGGGCGAGCCUGCCCUCUCCACCAGUAAGUCCAUCCAGGUGCAAGUGUCAGAUGUGAACGACAACGCGCCGCGCUUCAGCCAGCCGGUCUACGACGUGUAUGUGACCGAGAACAACGUGCCGGGCGCCUACAUCUACGCGGUGAGCGCCACAGACCGUGAUGAGGGCGCCAACGCCCAGCUAGCCUACUCGAUCCUGGAGUGCCAGAUCCAGGGCAUGAGCGUCUUCACGUACGUGUCCAUCAACUCCGAGAACGGCUACCUGUACGCCCUGCGCUCCUUCGACUAUGAACAGCUCAAGGACUUCAGCUUCCAAGUGGAAGCGCGGGACGCCGGUAGCCCCCAGGCGCUGGCUGGCAACGCCACGGUCAACAUCCUCAUCGUGGAUCAGAACGACAACGCUCCAGCCAUCGUCGCCCCCCUUCCGGGGCGCAACGGGACUCCGGCGCGCGAGGUGCUGCCCCGCUCGGCUGAGCCCGGUUACCUGCUGACCCGCGUGGCCGCGGUGGACGCAGAUGACGGCGAGAACGCCCGGCUCACCUACAGCAUCGUGAGGGGUAACGAAAUGAACCUCUUCCGCAUGGAUUGGCGCACCGGGGAGCUCCGUACAGCGCGCCGGGUGCCGGCCAAGCGCGACCCCCAGCGGCCUUACGAACUGGUGAUCGAGGUGCGCGACCACGGGCAACCUCCCCUGUCGUCCACCGCCACCUUGGUGGUGCAGCUGGUGGAUGGCGCUGUCGAGCCCCAGGGCGGGGGCGGGGGCGGUGGCGGGGGGUCAGGAGAGCACCAGCGCCCCAGCCGCUCCGGCGGCGGGGAGACGUCGCUGGACCUCACCCUCAUCCUCAUCAUCGCGCUGGGCUCGGUAUCCUUCAUCUUCCUUCUGGCCAUGAUCGUACUUGCAGUGCGGUGCCAGAAAGAGAAAAAGCUGAAUAUCUACACGUGUCUGGCCAGCGACUGCUGCCUCUGCUGCUGCUGUGGCAGCGGGGGGUCGACCUGCUGCGGCCGCCAAGCCCGGGCGCGCAAGAAGAAACUUAGCAAGUCGGACAUCAUGCUGGUUCAAAGCUCCAACGUACCCAGUAACCCGGCCCAGGUGCCGGUGGAGGAGUCCGGGGGCUUUGGCUCCCAUCACCACAACCAGAAUUACUGCUACCAGGUCUGCCUGACCCCCGAGUCCGCCAAAACCGACCUGAUGUUCCUUAAGCCCUGCAGCCCAUCGCGGAGUACGGACACUGAGCACAACCCCUGCGGGGCCAUCGUCACCGGUUACACAGACCAGCAGCCCGACAUCAUCUCCAACGGAAGCAUUUUGUCCAACGAGAAUAAACAUCAGCGAGCAGAGCUCAGCUAUCUAGUUGACAGACCUCGCCGAGUUAACAGUUCUGCAUUCCAGGAAGCCGACAUAGUAAGCUCUAAGGACAGUGGUCAUGGAGACAGUGAACAGGGAGAUAGUGAUCAUGACGCCACCAACCGCGGCCAGUCAGCUGGUAUGGAUCUCUUCUCCAACUGCACCGAGGAAUGUAAAGCACUUGGCCACUCAGAUCGGUGCUGGAUGCCCUCCUUUGUCCCUUCUGAUGGACGCCAGGCUGCUGAUUAUCGUAGCAAUCUGCAUGUUCCUGGCAUGGACUCUGUUCCAGACACGGAAGUGUUUGAAACUCCAGAAGCCCAGCCCGGGGCGGAGAGGUCCUUCUCCACCUUCGGCAAAGAGAAGGCCCUUCACAGCACCCUGGAGAGGAAGGAACUGGAUGGACUGCUGUCUAAUACACGAGCGCCUUACAAACCACCAUAUUUGACACGGAAAAGGAUAUGCUAGUCAAUUCUACAGGACUUAUCUGAAGCAGCAUGAUUUGCACAAAGUCGACCAACAAAAGCAUCAACUUUUCAACUUCAUUUAUCUUGGCCAUCCAGUUAGUUGUGUAUAACUGAGUAUUAGGUUGCCGACAGAGUAUCAUGGCCAAUUAUAGGACCUAAUUGCUCUCAGCAGGCCUGAGAAAUGAGUUGAAAUGUGCAGAACUGUAGAAACUUUAGGCAACUGAUUUUGCCUCUCCGAUCAGUGUGUGCCUGUUUACAGCACUAUAUAUCUUUCUCUCUCCAAAUGUCACUGAGCCCUUUAGAUGUUUAUAUUCACCACGAGAAGCCAGUCAUAAAGAUAAAGGAAAUUUGUGCAUUAUAAAUGCAAUAUCACUGUUUUAAACUUGACUGUUUUAUAUUAUUUUUGUGUGAUCAAGUGUUCCCCAAGCUAUUCCAACUUUACAAGAGAUUGUGAUUAUGUUCUUCUCACCUGUGGGUUAUAAAAAAUGUAUUCUGAAGACCCACAAAAUAUCAAAGACAUUCUGUAGUUUAUAC